GUGGCAACUAAGCACACCUAGUUGCUUUGGCGUGGCGCAUGCGCAUGUUCUCGUCACCGGCUGACUGACAGUUAAAGAAGCGGGAGGAGGCGGCUUGGAGACGCCGUUCAUAAGCCUGGACCGGACGGGGGUGGGGACAGGUCGUUUGGCUGCUGUGCAUCAGGCGCGGCUGGAGUUUGGGAUACGGCCAGUUUCUGAGGCGAGCUGGGAAGCCGCCGCCUCUGCCUCCUCUUCUUCGGGAGGCCGCCUCACGCAUCGAUGACUCGCAAGUGACGCUUCAGUUGAGUUCCUGCAGCUUUUUGCAACAAGAUGUUUACUACAAAUCCUGCAAAUUGGGUUACUUUUGAAGAUGACCCCCUUUUCCAGUCUCCUCAGAAGGCAGGUGGAAAUCUUGGUGCCUGCAGAGCAAAUGGGCUUAAUCUCAUUCUGCCUAAGAUACAUGACUCAAGUCAGUCUUCGUCCUCCAGUACCACUCCUCUCUCUUCUCCUCUAGUGGAUUAUUAUGUUACUCCUGGACCACCUAGUAACUCUCCACUGUGCACACCUACCAAAGAGUAUCCUGUGAGCCCCUGCUUUCUCAAAUCAGGAGUUCACCUUCUUUAUUCUAUUCCAGAGAUGUCAUCCAAUCUUGAUGUCCCAUUAGCCGGGCCAUCUUCUCAAAAACUGACUGGUACAUCUUGGAUUGAGGAUUAUUCAGAUACCUCUGUCCCUAAGUCAACAGAUAGUACAAAUGCAGUUCCACAAGAAGUCUCAAAUAAACUGCAAGAGUCUGUAGAAACACAAAUGUUCUUCCAGUAUAUUCAGAAUGACUGCGCUUUUUCUAGUCCGUUUUGGUCAGAAGAUCCACCGCCUGUGUCUUCAUCCACCUGUGAUGUGCACAGAAAGGAUGUAAGCCUUGAAAAGAAUACUUGCUAUCCCAAAGAAAAGGAAGUGUUACCUGAUCAGAAAAGCGUCAAUCAGGGAUCUUUUCAUUAUAUUUGUAAGAGGCUUGAGCAUUUGCAAACUAGUACUUCAAAUUAUGACAAAACGUUGACAGCUAUGCCAUGUAUUUAUACUGGAGAUGGCUCCUCUUCAUUUGUUCCACACAGUCUCUUCAGGAAUCGAAGAAAAGAUGGAUGGGCUUUCAUGCUGAGGAUUCCUGAAAAGAAGAAUAUGAUGUCAUCAAGGCAGUGGGGACCCAUAUAUCUUAGGCUCUUACCUGGAGGAAUUCUUCAAAUGUACUAUGAGAAGGGACUUGAGAAACCUUUCAAAGAAUUCCAGCUACAGCCAUUUUGCAAACUUUCAGAACCCAAGUUGGAGAAUUGCAGUGUCACUGGAAAAAUCCAUACAGUAAAGAUAGAGCAUGUAUCAUAUAUAGAGAAAAAGAAAUAUCAUCCCAAAGCUGAAGUGGUCCAUGAACCAGAAAUAGAACAGAUGCUGAAGCUGGGGACAACUGAUUAUAAUGACUUCACUGAUUUCCUGGAAACAGUAGAGGAAGAGUUAAUGAAGCUUCCUGCUCUUUCAAAGCCAAGGAGAUAUUAUGAAGAACAGGAAAUAAUUCUGGAAAUAGUUGACAACUUUUGGGGGAGGAUCACUAGAGCUGAAGGGAAACUAGUUGAAAGUGCUGUUAUAACCCAUAUUUAUUGCUUGAGUUUUGUGAAUGGAAACUCAGAGUGCUUCUUGACACUGAAUGACUUAGAGCUCCGGAAGAGGGAUGCCCGUUAUUUUGAGAAGGACACAGAGAAUAAAUGGAUUGACAUUUUUGACUAUGUUUUCCAUGGAUGUGUAAAACAAGAAGAGUUUGAACAGACAAGAAUAAUUAAAUUUGUGCCCCCAGAAGGCUGUAGAUUAGAGCUGAUGCGUUUCAGGACACAGUAUAAUGAGCAUGAUCUUCCAUUUUCUGUCAAGGCCUUGGUGGUAGUCCAGGGAGCAUAUGUCGAACUUCAGGCUUUCAUAAACAUGUCCUCAUCUGCUCUGUCUUCAAGGCAUUCUCAUUCUAUGAAACACCACUGUGAGAAUAUCAUGGUACACUUUCCUGUUCCUCCACAAUGGAUUAAAAGUCUUUGGACUAUGAACCUCCAAAGGCAAAAGUCUCUGAAAGCAAAAAUGAACAGAAGAACAUGUCUUGGCUCUCUAACAGAGAUUGAAUCUGAAUCUAUCAUACAGGUCUCAGUUGGAACAGCCAAAUACGAAAGUGCCUAUAGAGCUGUUGUGUGGAAGAUUGACAGACUUCCAGAUAAAAACUCAAGUCCAGAUCAUCCACACAGUUUAUCGUACAAGCUAGAACUUGGGUCUGAUCAGGAAAUCCCUUCUGACUGGUAUCCCUUUGCUACCGUGCAAUUUGUUGUGCCUGAUGCAUGUGCUUCUGGAACUGAAGUGAAAUCUCUGGGCAUAGAGUGUGACAUUCAGCCACAGAAACAUGUGGUUCAGAAAGCAUGUUACAAUUGCCAGGUUGAAAUUGAGAAGAAGUGGAUUAGACUUGAUGGAGAAGAUCCUGAUAAGGCUGGGAAUUGUCAAAUACAGUAGAAGGGUUUGGAGAGGAGAUGACUCAGGUGUGCUGUCAGAAUUGUUAACUUUCAGUAUAGAAAUCCUAAUACUUUAAAAAGAAAAUUGUUGCUAGCAGUAGAAACUGAAUGUAUUUAGCAAGACAAUGGAUUUUAGCAGACACCUACCUGUCAAGUCAUAGUGGUGGACAGUGUGUACUGUUGGAAGUUUGUUUUCCUAACACACAGGCCCUCUAUAAAGUUUGUACACAGAUCAGUUUACAAUACUAUCUAGAAAACUGAUGGAGUGAAAUAUGAAUUUCUUGUAUAUGGACCAUACAGCUCAUUGUCAUAAAGAAUCAAUAUUUCAACCUUUUGGUGUGUUCUAGCAGGGUAAACGUAUAGAUUUCAAAUUAUUCAUCAUUUGUUCACAUAAUGUUAUAUAUUUUUCUUCCCCAUCUCAGUAAACAACACAAGCCCUCAAUAUGCUAAAAAGGGCUAUUUUUUGUUCUUAAUUGUUCAUAAGUUGGAACAUUUUGAAGCUUUUGGGUGGUUCAAAUAUGUUUUUCCUUCAUGGAAGAAUAUACAUGUGGAAAAUGUUAUACGAUAAUGCAAAAACGACAUCGCCUUCUUCAGCAUAGUUUAUUUGGCAAGAACUGACAGGAAUCAACUUCAUUGCUUGCAUAUCUUUGAGAUCCACACAUCUUGCAUGUCACUGAAACACUUGCUCACACAAGCUCCAUCUUAGAACAAGAACAAGCAAUUGCACAGCAGUGGCCUAAGAACCAGCACAAGUUAUACAGAAAUGCUCCUCCAUUGGCCUCUUUCAUUUGUGUCUGCAGAUGAAGCUGCUUGUAAACUCAUUAUGUAUACUUGGGCUUCAGCAAAAAACCCCACAAAAACACUUUGGGUAGCAAACACUCCUGCUCUGAAAAGAUGAGUGAAAGUUUUCACAGGAAGAAGUUCUUUUUUAAUAUGCUGCUGGAUAUUAUGGGUUGUUUUGGAUCUCUAUGAAGAACAUAUGUUGGAUUUGGAACAAAACCCUGUCCUUAAUCAGUUGUUAAAGAGCUGCAGGAUUCAGGUGAACCCCCAGCCAAACGUGGAAUGCGAAAUGUUCUCUAAUGCUGCCAGCUGAGCUAUUUCCCUUUUCACGUUUUGUAUUGUAUGCUCUGGAAGCCAGAGAACUGUCUGUCUCUUUGUUUAACUUGUAUUGAUGAUUUUCUGUUUAAUUGCAAUUGCUAUAGGACAGGAGUGGCCAAUGGUAGCUCUCUAGAUGCUUUUUGCCUACAACUCCCAUCAGCCUCAGCCAGCAUGGCCAAUGGCUGGGGCUGAUGGGAGUUGUAGGCAAAAAACAUCUGGAGGGCUACCAUUGGCCACCCCUGUUAUAGAUGUUUAUAUUUGUUGCAUGCAAAUCUUUUUGGCAUAAAACUAUAACAACACA